UCUCAAGCUCGUAACACCACGGUCUGCGUCUGUAUCGCCUCCAAGCAAAGAACCGAUCGCCAUGAACUUUUUACUCCUAUUUACUAUUAUCUUCUUAGAUCUCACAGCCCGGGGACAUGCUCUUUCAUGCAUUCAGUGUGUGAAUCAAGAUGAAGCAAAAUGUUCCGGCCCGUCGAUAGUCUGUCAUCCGUCGCAAAAUGCAUGCGCUUCAAGUUAUACAGUGAUCAUGAUAGGUGGAAUGGAGAUUAAUAAACAGUUUUUGAGACAUUGUGAAUCUCGUGCUGCGUGUGAUAAACAUGGAAGCAUCUCCGUACCGGAUGGCCGAAUAAAAAAGAUUACCAACUGCUGCUUCUCUGACAACUGCACACCCCCGUCGCCCGUCUUUCCACCUGAUAAGAAAAACAAAAAUGGUGUUCGAUGCCCAAGUUGCUAUGCUCCAAACAACAGAACAUGUACAUCUGAAUAUAUCAUGGAAUGCCUUGGGGAUGAGAACAGAUGCAUUACCAAAGUCGAUACCUUUUCAGGGGCCAUACGAUCCACCGUCGCCAUGCGUGGCUGCGCUUCGAAGGAAGUCUGCGAGAUCAGCCAUUACGAGUCAGAGUUCGGAAACAUUAAAUCCACCGCUGACAUUUUCUGUACCGGCAGGGGGGUCGCGCUCCGAAACAAUUUGUAUCUCCUGGGUUUGUCUGCCAUGCUUCUUCUUCUCAAAUUGAUCACUUAAGAGCCAUGAACUUAUCACUUGUGAGUUCCAUGAUAUUAGAGAGUUAUGGGC